GGAAGAUGAGCAAGAGAGAAGCUCAAUGGAGGAGAGAUGCAGAGCAACAGGCGGAGGAGAGAGAGAGCACUGCCGGCACCGUCGCCGCAGCACCAGUCCAGACAGAGCCAAGGCGACGACGACGACGACGACGACGACGGCUGCGCCACCUCCCAUGAAAAAAGUCCAAGUCUUUUACUAUCUCUCCAGAAAUGGGCGUCUGGAACAGCCCCAUUUCCUCGAAAUCAGCCUCUUCCCCAACCAACCCCUUCGACUCAAAGGUAUGCAGCAUUCAUUCCAAACGACAUGUCGUUUCCGAUCUCUUGAAAUCUCUUUUUAUUUCGUGACGACAGAUGUUAUGGAUCGGCUCACCCUUCUCAGAGGCAAGGCCAUGCGCUCUCUCUAUUCCUGGUCCUGUAAGAGGAACUAUAAAACUGGAUAUGUGUGGAACGACUUGUCGGAAAAUGACAUUGUAUAUCCCGCCGAAGGAGCCGAGUACGUGCUCAAGGCCUCCGAACUUGUUGACUUCUGUUCUGAAAAAUUGCAGGAAAUUCACACGGGCAGCAACGACAGGCGACCGGUUCAGGAACCGAACCUCCGGGUCAAAACUAGGAAACAGCAACUCGCUCCGAGUUCACUCAAAGAACUCGACGACCAACCGUAUUCCGAUUUAGACUACGACGAAGUGGAAGACUACGAAAACGAAGACGUGGACAAACCCAUUUACACCACGACUUCCACUACCCCUCACUCCCGGUGCUCUCGCGGCGUCUCCACCGAAGAACUCCCCGGUCCAACUCAGUCCCCCACCGAGUCAACUCCCUUUGACUCAUCCCGCCUCUCCACUUCGAAACGGUUCACUUACGAGGACGAACUCGGGACGGCGCCGAGUAGGAACUCGGUCCUGAUGCAGUUCAUUUCUUGCGGUGGGUCGGCCGGUUCGAAGGAGAAACCUGGGGAGGGUUCUAGUGAAGCGGGGAAGGAGAUGGGGAGAAGAACCGAGAGCCUUGGGAGAGGGGUUGUGUGUAAAAUGGCUGGAAAGCGGAUCGGAGAAGAGGAGAUGAUAAAGUAUAUGUCGGAGAAUCCGAGGUUUGGGAAGUUGCAGACAGAGGAGAAGGAGUAUUUCAGUGGGUCGAUUGUGGAGUCCAUUAGAGAAGAUCGACAUGUCGUUGAACCUGUUCUCAAGAAAUCCAGCUCCUAUAACGAAGAAAAGAGCAAAAGAGGAGAGUUGGGAGAAAAAAGAGAUGAAAAUGAAGAGACAAGGAGGGAGGAAGAUGAGGGUGGGAUGAAAGGAAGGUGCAUUCCUCGCAUGAUAUCAGCUGCCUCGGCCUUAGCCUUAGCCUCAUCAAAGCAACCCCCCAAGAAGCCUUGAAGCUCACUCACUUCCCCACUGCUUCAAUUUUGUGUCUCUCUUGAUCCCACAAAACAGAGGCCUAUUGCUUUGUCCAAAUAUGGUUGCCAAACACUUGGUUGUUUCUUGCAAAUUUUGUAUUAGCUUACUUUUUUGGAGCUGUAUGAACAAGCACUCACAUUUUCAACAUUAGGGGCUAGAGUCAUCUUCAGGGUGAUUGAUUUGAUUAGCUCAUUAUAAAUUCACUUAUUUUCUCCA